AUGGGUGAUAGUUUAACUAAUGCCAAUACUAGAGAUGAUGAAGGAAACAAGGUUUUUGCUGGCUGCAUCAUCGCUCACGUCGGAGUCGGCUACGCCCUUACAAUGACCCCCAUCUACGUGGCUGAGGUCUCCCCCGCCUCUUACUGUGAGUGCUUCACCUCUUUCCCUGAGGUGUUCAUUAAUGUAGGCAUCGCUCGCGGCUACGCCUACAAUUAUAUGUUCUCCAUGAUCAAUUUCAACGGUUGGUGUCUCAUGCUAUGCAAAGGAGCAAUCUCCUUGGUCCUGCUCGCCAUAUCAUGGUCCUCGCCAUGCCGGAAUCCCCCCGAUGGCUCAUCAUGCGAGGAAAGCUGCUCAAAGCGAAGCGCAUCCUCGCCAAGAUCUCCGCCUCCAAGGAGGAAACUAAACUCCAAUUUUAAAAAUAUCAAGGCGGCUUCUGGCGUCCCUCCAGAGUGGAAUGAUGAGCUGGCGUCCCUCCAGAGUGGAAUGAUGAUGUUGUCAUUGUGCCAAGCAUCGGGGAGGGCCUAUGGAAUUGACAUUAUCCUCCUUUACAUUGCUCGUUUCUUAGAGAAGGCUGGCUUCAUAUCCUCUGACAAGAAGAUCUUAUUGACCAUCCUAGUCGAAGUUGCAAAGACAAUAUGCAUCCUCGUGGCCACUUUGCUUCUUGACAAGCUCAGGCGACGGCUGUUGCUGUUGAGCAGCAUAGGUGGGAUGUUUGUGUCUCUUGUCAUCCUCAGAACAUGUCUUGUGAAGAUUGACCAAAUCGACACAAAGCAUAUUGAUGACCCAAAUGACAUGAAGCAAAUGUGGGUGGUAAAAAUGUGCAUCACCUCAUUAUUCCUUUACGUGGCCUCCUUCUCCGUAAGGAUGGGGCGUUUCACUUCGGUAUUCAACUCUGAGCCGAUGUCCCUCGACGGGGCUGCCUUCUCAUUCGCGGUGGUCUCCAUCAUAGCAUGGGUAGUCUACUUCAUCACAAUGCUGGAGACCGAGGACUGUUCUCUAGAGGAGACGUGCUACUUUUUUGGUGAACAGAUCCAGCGGAGGUUUACGGUUAGCGAAAUUGAAAUGCAAGGGAACAACGGGAGGACGCGAUCGAGGUAA